AUGCCUUCGUUCCUGAGGCGGCAGCAGGUUCUGCAGCUGUACAGGAAGAUCCUGCGGGCCAUCCGUGAGGUCCCCACUGAAGCAGAUCGCUGCUAUUUAAAGGACUGGGCCCGGGAGGAAUUUAGGAGAAAUAAGGAUGCUACAGAAGAGGAUGCGAUCAGGAUGAUGAUUACUCAAGGCAACAUGCAGCUUCAGGAACUUCAGCGAGCACUUAAGCUGGCAAAAUCCUGA